AUGGAAACGGGAGCCUGCCGACGGAAAUUCAAAUCACAUGUUGACAUCGUAAAUGCGUGUCACCCGUCUCGACGAGGACCACAGCUGGUCUGUUCUGCUGGAGAUGACGGCUUAGUCAAAGUGCACGACGUACGACAGAAAAAUGCUGUUAAGACCUAUGAGAACAGAUUCCAGCAAUUGGCUGUAACAUUCAAUGACACAACAGACGAGAUCUUUGUCGGCAGCAUUGAUAGUGAUAUUUAUUGUUGGGAUAUGAGACGCGAUGAUAUUUCUUAUGUAAUGCACGGCCACAAGGAUAUAAUUACUGGUUUGGCACUCAGUCCAGAUGGGAAGUUUUUGCUGUCUAACAGUAUGGACUGCUCAGGUAACUGUUUUAUAUUAUUAGCAUACGACAAUAAAUAG